UUGCUCUUCUCCCGCGUCUCUAUGGUAGAGCCGGCCUGGGAGGCUGCAACGGCGGUGGGGGCUGUGGUAAGGCGAAGUGAGAGGUCCAACUUUCUUACUGGACUGAGAGGUUUUGGCCGCGGAGGGUCGCGAUGUCAGAGAAAAAACAGCCGGUAGACUUGGGUCUGCUGGAGGAGGACGACGAGUUCGAGGAGUUCCCUGCAGAAGACUGGGCUGGUUUAGAUGAAGAUGAAGAUGCACAUGUCUGGGAGGAUAAUUGGGAUGAUGACAAUGUAGAGGAUGACUUCUCUAAUCAGUUACGUGUAAUUUACCUUCAACAAGUAGAAGUACAAAGAAGGCCAGCAAUGUUUCCAUUGUUUUACCACCAGCCCAUACUGUCCUCUACACCUGAGCAGAAGACAAAGAUGAUUCAUAUGAAUAAGCUCUGGCCUUAAUAUUAUUCAUGGACUUUAGAGCUGAACUAGAGAAACAUGGUUAUAAGAUGGAGACAUCAUAGCAUCCAGAAGUGCUGAAGCAACCUAAACUUGAACUGUUUACUAAAUUCUAGAGCAGAGAACCCAGGAUGGGACACUUAAAAAAUGUUUAUUUCAUUACCUCCUUGGAUUUAUUUUUGUUUUUGUAACACAAAAAAUAAAUGUUUUGAUCUAAUA